CACUUUUGAAAACUUGGCAUGAAUCAGCUGCAAGGCAGACAUGUGCCAGAGCUGUGAAAAUCCCCACAUGUCUUAAUUCUUGUCCUAUGGCUUAGUUAAAUCUUUGCCAUUUCCCACCUACAUUAACUAUGUUUAAAGGUUUUUAGAGGUCCUGGCAGUGUUUUCAUUGUCCACAGUCCAUGCUAAGGCAUAUAAGGACAGGCAGGAUUCUGUUCUCAAAUCCAGCUUUGAGAAUCUCUCCACAGCAUGUCCCUGGAAGAAACUCCUGUUUUAUUUAUUUUGGUUUGACCUUUGGCUAUGCCUGGACACCCGGUCAUGGGCCGGAACUUCACUGGCUGAACACCAACACAGCAAUUUGCGGAUACAUUCGGACAGGAAACGCGUGGAUCUGCUUGGAUGAUGAGGAAGAUGAAGUGUUCCUGGGGACUCUUCAGGGGAGGCAGCAGCAAGGGGGAGAAAACGGCUGGUGAAAAUGCAAGGAUGCUUCCCAAGACUGCCCAGGAGGAGAGAAACAAGCAGGAAGCAAAGAAGAGAGGAAAACUGAAAAAUGUGACAAGAAAAUUGCUAAAGACUAUGGCUAGUGGGAAACGAGCAACUGAAAAGAAGCCUGAAAAUGAGAAUUUGGCAGGGAGUUUGCUGAAGCUUGCAACGGGUAGGAAGGAAGUAGAAGGAAAGAAGUCUGCAGAGGAAACCAUCUGUGGAUUCAUUGAGCAAGGGAAAUUUUUUCAAGCUUGUAAACAUAUUUAUAAUCUGGAGCAUUCUGGAAGUGAUGGUGUGGGAAAGUCUGAAACACUUUAUACACUACUGGCUGAACAGAUGUGGUCCAUUGUGGGAAAAGCGUUCAGUGGAAGCGACAGGAUGUUACUGGAGCCGUUGCAGUCAGUGGGCGAAUCGCUGAAGUGGGAGAAGCAGAAAGAAGAGGAGUGGUUUGGUAGCGGCCAAGCGAUGGAGCCUCUUUCCACCUGGAGUCCAAGAUUCUGGAAGAAAGACCUGGAGGAAAAGCUAAUAAAGUACAUGACAGCCCAGAUUCCCCCCUUCGGUUCCACUAGUAACACAGAUGAGACUGCAUUAAAACAGCAUCUGAGUCAACUGGAACUGAUGUUUCUGCCCAGCCUGGAGUGCAAAACUGGUCUCUUCGAGGAAGCAGGCCUGCUUGUCACGUACACCCGGUGCUCUCAUGCCUGCUUGUCUUCUCAUCUUUCCACCCUUACUGACAAUAACCAUGUUAGCUUCAACCAAUGCCUUUUAGUUUAUGAAUGGUGCCUUAAAAUGUACAAAAGUGGCAAUGGGACAUUGCUGGGACCCAGCCAGACCUCAUGCCACCACCUUUCCCUUGACGCACAGUGCCUCAGGUGGAUUAUUUUGAAGACAGAGGAAAAGUUACUUGCAGUCACCCAGAAGGAGGUAGGUGAAGCCCUGAAAGAAGCCUUUGACAUUGAGAAAACCCCUUGUGCCAAUGCUGCAGUCAUUCAGGUGUUAACAGAGAAGACAGAGGCUGCCCAGCGCAUCAGUGAGGGCCUGAGGGAGCGAGUGGGAGCUGUGUGCCUGGACGAGUGCCUGAGCUUCCUCGAGAGCUAUGAAAAUGAAGUAAGAUGCUUUCUCCAGCUCGAUGGCUACCCUGGGAUCCGGGACAGCCUACGAAUCCUCGAGAACUUCUGCAUUCUCAGAGCUGCCUGGCAUAAGCUAACGUACACUUGCAGUGCCAGCACUGAUCAGGAUGUUAAGGUAAAAGGAUGUCUAGACCGGAUGGGAGAGAAGAUUACAGAACACCUUCUGCAGACAAUCACUUCUGAAGUCAAGACAACACUGAAGGAUCACUUCAAAAAAUUUGACAGUGGUUUAGGCUACAUCCUAGAAUCCUUAAGGCAAAACUUUUUGGCAUUUGAAAAGAAAAAUACAGACACAUAUGAGGCUCUUGUUGAGGCUGUCAGCAUCAUCAUUAUUACAGAAUAUGUCCAGGCCCUCCUGACCAUUUCCAGGAAACCAUCAUCUGGGCAGAGGAGGAGGAUUGUCAGCAAGAUAGAAGAUGACCAUAGGAUGUUGCAAAGCAUCUUUAAAGAGUGCUUAGGUCCUAAAGCAAGUUCCCUCAAGGAUCCAAUAAAAGCAAUUAUAGGACUUAUUCAAACUUCUGAUGCCGAGGGAAUGAAAAUAGCCCUUCUGCCCAUUCUGAGAGAAUUUCCUGAUCUAAGGAAAGAACAUCUGAGCGUUGUGCUGGACCUCAAAGACUCACUCAGCCGAGAAGACAGAGCCGCUCUCUUGAACACAUUUCAUGAUAAUUGUGGGGAAACAGGAACAAACUUGCUUUUUGGAGAUAUAGAGGUAAAGCCUAGGACGUGCGGGCUCUGUGGCUGCUUCUGUUGUUAGCAAAGAUCUGCUCUGAAAAAACAUGAGGUGUCUCUGCCCCGUGGCAGCACCUGCAAUCACAGCUCCUUGGGGGUUUCUGGGACUGGUGCAGUCGGAGGCACGAAGAAGCAGGCCAGCCGCAGAAGACACAACUCCUGCCCUUUUUCAAGAAAACCACGAGGCCCAAAUCCUAAUCUAUGCAAAAGCUGGAUGGUGCAUGAAUAGGUCAAAGCAGAGUGACAUUCCUGCAACAUUUCCUAGAGACUGCUGCUUAGCUGAGUCCUGGGGGUCAUUCCCAGGAUGCGGCAUAGUGCUGCGUGGAGGGGGAAAACCCCCAAUUUCUUACUGUUUCCCUCCCUUGUUCUACACACGACCUCAGACAUAACCAGGGACUGCUGUCCCGCCCUAGCGGGUGACACGGCACCUCCGCAUCCCACGCUGACCCUGGUCCAGCCCCAUAACCUCGGUCCUGGUUCCCACAUGGGAGCCAUGCAGAGAGGGGCUGCGACCCGCCGUGGGGACAGCCUGCUGGGCGGAAAGGAGCCAUUUCCAACAUUGCAUUGAGGCCACCAGCCCCCCGAGCGGGAGCGGGGACAGCUUGCACCCCACUGGGCCCCCCCUGCCCGGGGCACCGGCUGCUCGCCGGGAUGCCGGUCCCGCACGAGUUUUACAGCCGGCUCUGCGGCUGAGCUUUGCACUCAUUUUAUACCUCAGUCAAUGGAAAUUUCCUCUUGCUGUGGAAAGCAGCUCCUUUGGGGAGGGACCUCUUGCUGUGGAGACUCUCGUGGGAAGCCGGCAGUGAAAGGCGCUGCUGGUCCCAACCUCUGGGCAAGGCGUGCUGCUUUCAGAUGUAAAUAGGCAGUUCUGCUGGGGGAAGCACUGACCUUUCUUGCCAGCUGUCUGCGGCCUGGUCACAGCCUCCGAGCUGGACGUGGUUCCAGGCCCCAUUUGCUGUUGCACUGAUGUAGGUCAUUACCGUUGGGCUCCUCUCCGGCCGGGUCAGCAGGCUAAGGGUGCGGAAACGUGCUGCCGCCUCCCACACUCAGGUUUUCCUGAGCAGCCAUUCCUGCUCGGACAUGCUUUCUCCCCCUCAUCUCCUGGCAUGUAAACAGGCUUUUAUUUAACAAGAAAAGGGGCAAAUCUGUGAAUAACCUGUAAGCGCGCCAGGCCGUGGGCACCGCUGCUCCCGAGACCCCGGGAGAGUGCCGGCCUGGGCAGGCACCGCAGCACCGCACCGCGCGCCAAGCCCUGCGCAGCC